CGUGAUGGCAGCACCACUGAACCGAGUGUACCGACAGGCGACACAGUCAGCCUCUCGAUAUGCACAUUCUGCGCCAUGGAGCGUAUCGAUUGCACGUAACGCACAAUGGCAACAACAACGCAGCCUUCACUACGCUUCGCGUGUAAUGGCUCAGCAGGAGUUGGUGGAGAAUGACCUGGACACAUACCUUGAGGCUCUGGACGAAAACCUGCCCUCCGAAGCCGAACUCUCCUCCACCGCCCACGCCGAACUUGACCAGCAUCGUGAACUGCGAAAAUUGGUCCGUCUCGCAGCAUGGGAAAUGCCCUUUCUCGCCCAACACGCAAAACCCUACGUACCACCCCCAAAAACGGCAAAGACUCCCCUCCGCUGGCGCUAUACUACAUACUUCUCUGAAUCACAUCCGGCGUCGCGUAAAGUCGUGGUGGAGUUCAAAGUGGCCCAUCUGAACCUGGGAAGGAGACAGACGGAGAAGCUCAAGAAGCUGGCAGGAAGCAGAUACAAUCCCGAACGAGAACUCGUCAAGAUGAGCUGCGAGAGUUUUGAGACCAUUGCUCAGAACAAACGAUAUCUGGCAGAUACAGUUAACAAACUCAUUGCUGAGGCGAAAGAUCUAAAGACCGACUCAUUUGAGGAUAUCCCAUUGGAUACAAGGCAUCAUAAGUUCAAGAAGCGUUUGCAAUUCCCAGAGGAGUGGCAUAUGACAGAGAGCAGAAGGGCAGAGUUAGAUGCCGAAAGAAAGAGACUGUUGCUGCAAGAGGGCAUGAAGGUGGAGCAAGGCCGAAUUGUUUCUGGGACUGCGGCUAUCGAGGUUGACAGACAGAUUAAGCUGAAGCAGGCUGAAGAGGCCGUGGCGCAGGAGGCGAGGAGACCGGUGUCUGCAGGAACGACGGGUAAGCGACAGAUGGGCCAGCGGGGACGGUAGAUGAACUGCAAAUGAGGGCACGGAACGUGUAGGCAAUGUACAGCUAAAGGAUAAUCCCCC